CUGGUCCUCCAACCGCCGCUCCCGGGGAAGAGGGCGGCUUCCCGGGAAGCCGGCAGCCGUCGCCGCCGGGACUCGGAAGUGCCGAGAGGGUUGUUGGGGACUCGUGGCGCGCGUGAACGCCGCGGUCGCUGCCCGGGACAGCCCGGAGGAAGCCUGGCAGCAGGUGGGAUGGCCAUGCCACGCGGAGAGUCUGUGAAAUCUCAUCACAUCAGGAAGAAAACCAGAGCUUUGGUGAGAAACUCUCAGUGUGUCUGCCUGGACAAUUUGUCACAAGGAACAAUGCUGCCCCGAUGGGAACUGUCUUUUUACCUGUUUGCUUCACUAGGCUUCCACUUAUAUUCUUUCUAUGAAGUUUACAAAGCUUCCAGAGAACAUGAAGAGGAGCUGGAUCGACAGUUUGCCCUGGAGAUUGGCACUUUAUUUGGAGGAUUAAAGAAGGACCCGACCGACUUUGAGUGGAACUUCUGGAUGGAAUGGGGCAAACAGCGGCUGGUGCAGUUUCUGUUUGGCCACAUGGCUGUGUCUCAGCUGGCCAACAUGCUUGCAAGGAAGCACAGACCCUGGAUCCUGGGGGCUUAUGGAAUAUGGGCCUCCUGGUGUGUGCUGGGGGCCCACGGCACGGCCAUUAUUUUUCUCCACACCCUCAUCUCCUUCUGUGUAGCGCAGUUCCAGUCGCUGGUCCUCACAUGGCUCUGUUCUCUCCUCCUGCUCUCCACACUGAGGCUGCAAGAUGUGGAGGAAGUUAAGAGAGGCUGGUACCAGACAGAAAACGAGUACUACUUGCUGAAGUUCACGCUGACCGUGCGCUGCCUCUACUACACCAGCUUCAGCCUGGAGUUCUGCUGGCAGGAGAUGCCCACCGGGAGCAGCUUCUACUCCUUUCCCUGGCUGGUGGCCUAUGUCUUCUAUUACCCCGUCUUCCACAAUGGGCCCAUCCUCAGCUUCCCGGAGUUCAUCGCAAAGAUGCAGCGGCAAGAGGACUGCUCGCUGAAGUCCAACCUUUCCGCCUUUGCCGUGGGGCUGGCUCGCCUCCUCUGCUAUUGGUGGUUGGCUGAGCUGAUGGUUCACCUCAUGUACAUGCACGCCCUCUAUGGCAGUGCCUCCCUCCUGAGGGCUGUCUCUUGUUGGACCUUAGGAGGACUGGCGUUGGCCCACGUGCUCUUCUUCUAUCUGAAGUACUUGGUGCUCUUCGGUGUCCCAGCUCUGCUCAUGCGCCUGGAUGGACUCACGCCGCCGCCCCUACCUCGCUGUGUGAGCACCAUGUUCAGUUUCACCGGCAUGUGGAGGUAUUUUGAUGUUGGACUGCAUGAUUUCUUAAUCAGGUAUGUGUACAUUCCAGUAGGCGGGUCCCAGCAUGGCCUGCUGGGGACACUGUUUUCCACCGCAGUGACGUUUGCGUUUGUGAGCUUCUGGCAUGGCGGCUAUGACUACCUCUGGUGCUGGGCGGCCCUCAACUGGCUGGGAGUCACCGUGGAGAAUGCAGUCCAGAGGCUUGUGCAGACCCCGUGCGUCCAGGACAGCGUGGUCCAGUUCCUCUCCCCGCGAGCCCGCCGCCGAUUCCACGCCGCCCUGGCAUCCUGUUCCACCUCCAUGCUGAUCCUGUCCAACCUAGUGUUUCUCGGGGGCAGUCAAGUGGGGAAGAUCUACUGGAACAGGAUCUUCAUACAAGUUACUAUAAUACCUUCUGCUACGGGUGCAAGAAGAGUUCAGCCCCCGCUGGGCCAGCACAUGCCAGAUGAGGAUAAAAGGGGAGUGCCCUGCUGUCUACCCACUGCUUCUGGAACUAGUGCAAAGAUAAAGUCUGAAAUGGCUGGCCGUAUGUGACCCUCUCUGCCCUGGGAUUCCUCUACUGCUACUCCCACGUGGGCAUCGCCUGGGCCCAGACAUACUCAGUGGACUAAUGCCGCCCAGCCUGCAGCAGCCCUUCCUGCUGGCCUCCACGGCAAAUGGUGCUUCACCCUGACCUCGCACACCAAGAUGACCUCCAAGGAACCAGUGCUUCAUCUGCCCAUCUUUUGUUGAAGUUACCUCACUCCAAGACUGGAAGCUUGAGCUCUCAUAGAAAAUUGACAACCAGUGAGGCUUCUAACUUUGGGGACGCAGAGCUCAUCUCCCCCAGCCCCAUCAUUUUCCUGUUGAGUAAGCAGGGGUCCAGAGCAGUAUUAUCUUGCCCAGCUGCACAUGGUGACAUUGUGGUCUAGAACCCAGUCCCCGGGGGCCCUUCAGUUCUUUCUCCUUUACCAAGAAUUAAAUGCAAUAGACGUUUGUCAAUUGGAGCACAGAAGUCCUGAUUAGUGAUAAGAGCUGUCCUCCACUGGCCAUAUUUCUGAAAUAUUUUGCUAACAUUUAAGUGACCUCUUCCCCAUGUCCUGCAGUGUGGUGUCUAGAGCCAGCACUGGGGUCUGAGCUUCCCACUUCAGUUCCCUAGCAGGGAGGAGACAAAGCCACAGUCAAGUUUCUAAUUGCCGGGUCAAAGAAGAUACAACCUGUCCUAUAGUGUUCCAAGGGGCCAGUACCUACGGAGAUCUGUUAUUGGAACACCAUCACCAUGAUCGACAUUUGGAUGCUUGUUCCCUAGAUUUGCAGGGAAGUAUAAACAUGGCAGUUCCUCUACCAGACAGUUAAUCUUCAUUUCUCAAUAAAGCAGCAAAAUUAAGAAACCAUGAGCUAGCACGUCCACAGACAGGUACUAUCAGGCAAGUGACAAAGGGUAGGGAUGGUUUCCUGGGGUCUUUUCUCCUCUCCACACAAGGAAGCCCCCAGCUUCCUGCUUACUGGUGUACACUCAGUGGUUUACAUUGUUUUGUUUCAAAUAAAAUGGAGCCUUUUCUGUCA